AUGGGUUGUUUACAACCAAAAUAACACACUAGAAUAGUACCAAUGCAAACUAGUCAUAACGAUUCUGUUUUUACUUCGACGACAGACAUCCAUUCUCUUUAUAAUUUCGGUAAGGUCCUUGGAAUAGGUUCUUUCGGCAAGGUUGUCCAAGCUACUAUGAAAAAUAACUCAACAAAACAGUAUGCCAUCAAGAUUAUAGACAAAAAUAAUCUUCAUGGAAAGGAAGCAUAAUUGGCGAAUGAAAUAUAUACACUCAAAAAACUAGAUCAUCCAAACAUAAUUAAGUUUUAUGAAGUCUAUCAGAGUGAAUUAUAUAUUUAUAUAUGCAUGGAAUAUUGCGAAGGAGGUGAGUUAGUAGAAAGAAUUGCAAAACAGCAGAUAAAUUUAACUGAACACUAAGUACAAAGAAUUAUAUCUAAAAUAUUAUCUGCUGUCAUCUACAUACAUGAAUAAGGAAUAGUGCAUAGAGAUAUUAAGGCUGAGAACAUUUUAUUUACUGAAUAAAGUCUCUAUUCUGAACCUAAGUUGAUUGACUUUGGAUUCGCAAAUAAAUUUGAUGUAGUACAUAGACGAAGAAAACUAAAGACUUUUAUUGGCACACCUCUCUAUAUGCCUCCAGAAGUCAUAGAAGGAGAUUACGAUGAAAAAUGUGAUAUCUGGAGUCUCGGUGUUCUUCUUUACAGUCUCUUGUGUGGCUCUCCUCCAUUUGUAGGACAGUCUAAGGAGAAACUGUUUCUCAAUAUAAGAUUGAAGGAAGUGAAAUUUGAAUCUAAAGUAUGGAACACUAUAUCUGAUGAUGCUAAGAAUUUACUUUUUUAAAUGCUCUCUAAAGAUCCGAAUCUGAGACCCUCUGCAAAAAAGUGUAUGGAUCAUCCAUGGUUCCAAACUAAAUAAAAUCCAUCAUCAUUAUUUACUGACCGACUUAAAUCUGCUCAAUUACAAUAGGAUAGAACCAUUUAUUAAAUGCUAAAAACUUAUAGAGGAGGGGCCAAGUUCAAAAAGGAAGUCACCAAAGUUCUCAUUAACCAAAUGAAUGAAUCCGAUUUACAACAUCUAAAAUAGAUAUUCUCAAAAAUUGAUGUUGACAACUCAGGAACUAUUACUGUUGAUGAACUUAAAUCAGCUUUAAUUAAGGAGGGUUCCAUCGUAACUCAUUGGGAAAUUGAGCAAUUAAUUUAAACUAUUGUCUUAGAAGAGGAUGAAGGCAUCCAAUUGAUGGGAGAACAUGAUGGAACCCAAUACUAAGAAAUCAAAUCUCCAAAACCAUUAAUGAUUAAAUAUACUGAUUUCUUAGCUGCUUGUAUAGAUCAAAGAAAAAUAUUCACUAGAGAAAGAUUAUGGUCUUUAUUUAAGUAUUUCGAUACUCUCAAUGUGGGACACAUUUAAAAGGAUGAUAUUAAAGAAGCCUUGGCUAGACAUGGAAGACAAAUUUCGGAAGACAAAAUUAAUUAAAUGAUCAAUGAAAUCAAUCCUAAUCAUAAUAAUUAGAUCUCGUUUGAUGAGUUUUGUUAAAUGAUGUGUGAUCAAGGAGUAGAUAAGACUAUGAAUAUCAAGGAUGAAUUCAAAGAACCACCAUCAAGAGUCGAUUGA